AUGCAAAACGCCAUCGCUGCCGCUCGCACACGCAUCAAGUCCAACCCACCUGAUAUCUUGCUCGCCAGCUUGCCCAAAUCCGGCACCACCUGGCUCAAGGCCCUUGCCUUCGCGACGCUCAACCGUGCCACGCACUCGCCGUCCGACGCCCAGCACCCGCUCAGGCACCACAAUCCCCACGACUGCGUCGGCUUCCUGGAGAUGAUGGCCAUCACGGCGGAGGGCUCCGGGUGCCGGCUCAUGUACGUGUGCCGGGAUCCCAAGGACAUGCUGGUCUCCUUCUGGAACUUCUGCCUCAAGGAGGCGGCGACGUUGGCCGCCGUCGGUUGCGGCGGCGGCUGGGUCGGGGAGUCGGCGGCGGCAGGCCUCACCAAAUUCGAGGACGUCUUCGAGCUCUUCUGCGAGGGACGGUACCCCGGAGGCCCCUACUGGCGCAACGUCCUGGAGUUCUGGCACGAGAGCCAGAGGAGGCCCAACGAGGUGCUGUUCCUAAGGUACGAGGACAUGCUGGGAGAUACCGUGGGUAACCUCAAGAAGCUAGCAGCGUUCAUGGGGUGCGCGUUCUCCGAGGAGGAGGAGGAGGCUGGGGUGGUGGAGCAGAUCGUGGAGCUAUGCAGUUUGGCGAGUCUCAAGGGCAUGGACGUGAACAAGAAUGGCAGUACGGUGCUGGCCUUCAGGAAUGAGGCGUUCUUCAGGAAGGGGCAGGUCGGCGACUGGAAAAACUACAUGACGCUGGAUAUGGCGGCGAGGCUGGAUAAGAUUGUUGAGGAGGCCACUCGAGGUUCCGGACUCACCUUUGCGGGCUCAGUCUCGCAUAAUUAUUAA